GCGAGAAGCUGGGUGCUGUUGCUGCACUCCGCCGCGCGGACGAUUCGAAGGAGAAAAAGGGCUGGUCUGGUAGCGCAUCGAUCAGGACAGAUCACUGCGAAACGCAACAAAGCGGUAGUUGAGCCAUGCAGUUGCUUGUCCUCAGCACUGUAAUCACAGCCCAUGCCUGGCGCCUCCCCGCGAGACGACGACACAUCGUUAAAAGAGCAACGCGCCUGCCGCAAGAACCCGCCGAGCUCGACGACUGGCUGAAACCCUACGCUGGAGCGGAUGACUUCCGCGCGGAGCGGCAACAACAACUCGCGGAAACGGCGUCUGAUCUAGAAAUCACCUUUUUAGGAACGGCGUCCUGCGUUCCCAGCGUGACGCGCGGCGUAAGCUGCACGGCAUUACGCUACGACGGCGCCACCUACUUGUUCGACGCCGGCGAAGCGACGCAAGUGCAGGCGCAACGAACAACCCUCGUGAAACCGGGCAAGGUCGAAGCGAUCUUCGUCACGCAUCUCCACGGCGACCACACCUUCGGCCUGCCCGGGCUGCUCUGUUUAUGUGGGCAGGAUCGAGAUGCCAGUGAUCAACCGAUCGAGAUCUUCGGCCCGGAGGGUCUGCGCGCGUACGUGCGCGCUUCCCUACAACUCACUCAAUCCAGAGUGGCGGCUCCUCAUGUUAUCCAUGAGCUUGUUGGCGUGCCGAAUCGACCGCCACCCGGUUUCCGUGCGCGCGCGGCGUCCUUCAUUGUUGCCUUUGCGUUGGGGGCGGCGCGUCGACGGCGUGAAGCUGGACGCCAUCGCCGCGACGCGUUGACGACGAGAAAAAACGCAGGCCCGCCGCGCGGCCCCUUCGUGUCGCCGAAGGCGACGGGCCAGUCGGAAGCGGCCUUUGGGGAAGUCUUCGAAGGGAGAAACAUUCCCAGAGACGCCGACGGCGCGUGGACCUGCGAGACACGGUCCAAGGCGUUGACAGUAAGAGCGGCGCCGAUGGCCCACACGGUACCUUGCGUGGGUUUCGUAGUCGUGGAACCGGACCGGCCGGGCGCGUUGGAUGUGGACAAAGUCGCACCUAUUUUAGAGCGAAACAUCGAGGCGCUCAAAGCAAAAGGCAUCAAGGAACCUCGAAGACUAUAUAGGGUCAUCAAGGAGAUGGGUGCGGACCAGCAGUUCACGUUCCCCGACGGCGCCGUCAUUCGAAGAGAUGAUGUGGUCGGGCCCGACAAGCGGGGGCGCGUGCUCGUGUUUUGUGGGGACACGGCGGACGCGUCGUCACUGUUACCGUUGUUACCGGCGCGGGGCGCCGACGUCGUGGUCCACGAGGCGACGAAUUGUAGGGUGGAGCCCUUUGACAAUGACGUCACCGAAGAAGAAGUGGAGCGGAGUAGCGUUUCUCACGGCCACUCGACGCCCCAGCUCGCGGGGCGCUUCGCGGCGUUAGCUGGCGCGGAGCGCCUGGUCCUCAACCACUUCUCGCCGCGCUACAAGGGCGACGCGUCGCCGGCGGCGCUGGCCGUGAUGGCGAAGAUCGAGGACGCGGCGCGCUCUGCGUUUGAUGGUGAGGUCGUGGCGGCCUGGGAUUUAUUGAAUCUGCCGGUCGCGGCCAAGGACGAGGCGUCCGCCGCCUCUGCUUCCGCCGAUGCGGCGCGGCUCGAGGCCGGCGCCGACGCCGCGGACGCGUUUCGUAGAGGCGAGAUCGCUCCUCAGCCGCCGCGGAAGAAGGCGCCGCCGCGCCUGAAGAAGAAACCCCAGCCGGGGGCGCCUUCGAAGGCGUCGACGAAGGUGAGGUAAAUGUAGUCGUGUGUA